AAUAAUGUAAUGUUGAGCAGAGACAAGUUGACCAGAACAUAGUAGCAGUACCGUUUUGAGAAACACCUUCCUUCCUUCCUUCCUUCCUUCCAAUCCAAUAAUUACCAAUCUCAUUCUCAAUUUUAUUGUUGAAAGAGAAGAUGACACUGAUGAUAUGAAUACGGCGUCGUUUAUUGUAAUAACAAAAGUAUGGGUUGGAGAAAUGGUUGUGAAGAAUUGACUCAAUCGAAACCACUAUUCCUUACGAUCUACAGUGUCGUAAUAAUUGGAAUCGUGGUUUCAUCUUUCUACGUUUUUUCUGCUAUUUAUUCCAGUAACACUCCUGCUGCUCAUUCUUCUGCAUGGCUUUCUUCCUCCAUCUCUCCUGAGGAUCCCCACCAUAUAGAACAAGCACUCAACAUUUCUCAGUCAGAAAAGGUGCAAAAUGUGUCCACCACUCCUUCACCAGGGAAACAGAAUGUGUGGCCAACUUCUGUUUGGGACAUUCCACCCUCCAAUAAAAGAAUGCCGCCCUUGAAGGAUUUCCGACUUACCAAACAACUGGUUCAGCAAAGGGUGAAAGAUAACGUUGUAAUAGUGACCUUUGGUAACUAUGCAUUCAUGGAUUUUAUUCUGACUUGGGUCAAGAAAUUGACUGAUCUCGAAGUUUCUAAUUUUCUUGUUGGUGCAAUGGAUACCAAAUUAGUGGAGGCACUGUAUUGGAAAGGAGUACCAGUUUUUGACAUGGGCAGCCAUAUGAGCACUGUAGAUGUUGGCUGGGGUUCUCCAACAUUUCACAAAAUGGGGAGAGAGAAAGUUAUUUUGUUAGACUCGAUUCUGCCUUUUGGUUUUGAAGUAUUGAUGUGUGAUACAGACAUGGUUUGGUUAAAGAACCCACUUCCAUAUCUUGCUCGUUAUCCAGGAGCAGAUAUUUUAACUUCAAGUGAUCAAGUUAUACCAACAGUUGUUGAUGACAGAUUGGAAAUUUGGCAAGAAGUUAGUGGUGCCUACAACAUUGGAAUUUUCCAUUGGAGACCUACAGAGUCUGCCAAGAAUUUGGUUAAGAAAUGGAAAGAAAUGCUUCUAGCUGAUGACAAGAUAUGGGAUCAGAGUGGGUUUAAUGAUAUUCUUCACAAUCAGCUAGGACCAUCUGUUGAUGAUGACAGCGGAUUUGUUUUUGCUUUUGAUGGAAAACUGAAGCUGGGAAUUUUGCCUGCUAGUAUCUUCUGUAGUGGACAUACAUAUUUUGUCCAGGCUAUGUACCAGCAACUAAGGUUGGAGCCAUAUGCAGUACACACGACAUUUCAAUAUGGAGGCACCGAAGGAAAGCGCCACCGACUACGAGAAGCCAUGUUCUUCCUUGAUCCACCAGAAUACUAUAAUCCUCCUGGGGGUCUCUUAUCAUUUAAGCCAUCUAUUCCAAAAAGCUUGUUGCUAAGCGGGGAGCACAAUGUUGACUCACAUUUUACUCUUAUAAAUCACCAAGUAUAUACGUAUCGACCUGAUCCUAUUCAUGUCUUUUUUUAUGGAAUUUUGAUGUUGCGUUUUGUAAUAUUUUUUACUCAUUUUAUUUUCUUUCUUUUUCAGAUGAAACAGAUUAGGACAGCACUUGCAAUUGCUUCCCUUCUGAACAGAACACUGGUUAUGCCUCCUCUAUGGUGCAGGCUUGAUAGGCUAUGGUUUCCCCAUCCUGGUAUUUUGGAGGGAUCUAUGACUAGACAACCUUUUCUCUGUCCUUUGGACCAUGUAUUUGAGGUAAAUAUCAUGUUGAAAAAACUCCCAGAAGAAGAGUUUGGCCCUGAAAUAGGUAUUAGAGAGUAUUCAAUGCUUGAUAAUCCCUCUCUGCCGCCAGAGGUGAAAAAUUCAUGGCUUGAUGUUCAGCUCUGUAAAGAAGGAACUCAAGAUUGCGAUGGAUCAUAUAAUACCACUGUUGGAGGAGUACUUAAAUUUCCAAAGCAUAGCAAUGAAGAGAUGUUUAUGAAAGUAUUCUCACUAUUCAACGAUGUAAAAGUCAUUAAGUUAUCUUCCGUGCAAGAUGCAUUCACUGGUUUCACUAAUAAGGAAAGGGAAGAUAGAUUCAGAAAUCGCGUCAAGCGGUAUGUUGGCAUAUGGUGCUGUAUGCCAGAUAUACCUAUUGGCCACAUAUAUUAUGAUAUGUAUUGGGAUGAAAAACCUGAAUGGAAACCAAUUCCUCCUCAAUCUCCCGAGGAUGAUCAUCCACCUUUCUGAGAUCAGAUUCUUAUUUUUGUAUGUUAAAAUACUACUGUAUAAUGGAUGGGAAAAUGAAGAGAUAAAUCCAAAGGUGGUUCGGUUUGGUUUUGCAGCUAAUUGUCAAGACCAACAUUGUAUACUCACAGAAGUAAAGAAUCAGUUUCAUAUUGAGAAUGUAAGAUAUUUAUAGAGAUUAGACAUUUGAUUCUUGUGUAGCAAUAAGAAAGAUUUUUUGUCUGUAUCAAAUUUAUCAAUGUUGCAAACUAGUUGAUAUUGCAUUGUCAAGAAAGUAAAAUACUAGACAUUCAAAUUCAUUUGUAUCA